AUGGAAGAAGAGCCGCAGGGCGAGAACUGUGUCGAAGGAAGCCUCCAUCGUUUGAUUGUGCACUUUAACAGCAGGAAACGGUCUUCGGGGCAGGUGCGAAGAAACACAAUCUGGCCCGCUCCGUGCCUCUUCUGGCGUCAGGAGUUGUCGUGCAGACCACUUGAAGAAAAUGUCUCUCUUUCCUACUCCAUCUGGAAUGGGCCAGACAGACGACUUCCGUUAGUCAACCAAAGCCACCACAUCUCAGCCUCUUUCCCUCUUCUUCUUGUUUCCAGUUGCGACUGGACGCGACUUCAUGUUGCGCAAGUCCAUGGGCUCAUUUGUGCCCACGUCGGGAAACACACAUGCACACAAACAGAGCACGACAGCGAGAGAGAGAGAUUUGAGGGCUUCAGUCGACAUUUGCAACUGCGUGAGGCAUCCGAUGCCUGCGAUCACUUGAUCCGUCGUAGUGAUUACGCAACACACAACACACAACUCUCCCUUGCGCCGCAUCAGUCUCUCUCCCUUCCUCUCUCUCUCUCUCUCUCUCUCUCUUUUGCAACCUCCAUCUUUCAUGUCCCAGCUGGAGCCGUCACUAUUCGAGUCACAACUGCUGGUCAGGGUAACUGA